AUGGCGGAUCAGAGCACGCAGCAGUCCAGACCAAACUCCUACCCUUCGCCGCAUUCCUAUCCAUCGCCCUCAAUGCAACCUACCUAUACCUACCCUCCUCCCCAGCUCGGUCAGGCGAAUCCUGAGCCGUACAGAGGCUCGCCGCAGGGCUCGAACAUGUCCCUCCCUCCUCUGAAUCUACCUCCCAUACGCGGUUUGCAGGAUGGCCAGUCGCAACAGCCUCCCCAACCUCAACAUGGCCAACAGCCCAUGGGCUCUCCGUUACCGCCGCCGCCGCAUGGCAUGGCUCAAUACUACCCCCAUGGACACGCCCCGCCGCCAGGCCAAUCGAUGCCAAUGGCUGGAGGACUUCAUCAGAUACGAUAUCCACUGCCUCCUCAGGCCGAUCAACGGAUACUUUCGGGCGGGCGCCACAAGAAGGAGAUCAAGCGUCGCACAAAGACUGGCUGCUUAACCUGUCGGAAAAGGAGAAUAAAGUGCGACGAAGGACAUCCCACUUGUCGCAAUUGCCAGAAGAGCAAGCGCGAAUGUCUUGGCUACGACCCGAUCUUUAAGCAACAACCGGGUCCUGCGACGAUACAGCCAGCUCCCAACGCGGCACCUCACCACUCCCCCGUUCAGGCUUCUGCUCCUCCAUCUACUGCCGCGUACGCUGGACAGGUUCCUCAGGGUUACGCUCCUGCCGCCUCUGCUGGUUACGCGCCGCCACCUGCGAGUGGAUCGGGUCAUCCCCACGAGAAUUUUGGAGGUUCUGCCAUUGAUCCUGCUCUCGCCGCCGAUCCGAACAUGCACGGCGGGCAGGCUCCUUAUAACGGUGCUCAUGCCUUGAAUCCUGUAUUGAGGGGUUUGAAUAGUCCGAAUCAGUAUCCCGGAGGGCCAGAGGCUCCUCUUACGAAAGCAAAACGCAUCAGGAUUAAUGACGUCUUCGCAAUCGCUCACCACCCUCCUCCGGACGUUCCACCUCGCGCUACCCCUAUAACCCCAGAACUCGAUGAAGAGCUAAAAACAAUUUUUGCCAACGAUUACUGCCUUGGCUUGGAUGCGGUCCUCGAAACGAAAUGGUUUUCAACGAACAGCAACGCGCUUACGAAGAUAUUGGCGGACAAGCACCUUCACGAGGAGGCAAUACACUUUGUGGAAACCGUCAAGUACCGCUCUCAAAGUGCAGACAUGGGCAGCAUUUUCAGUCAGGAGGCCCGUUUGAUUUGGCACAUGCUGGGAGUCUGCAAACAAGCGCCUCCAACAACGAAUGGCACGAAUGGCACAACACCUCCCAGUUCCGAGAACGAGGAUGUGUCACUGAAAGAAGUCCGGGCACGUUUCGACAUUCUAGAAGCCCUUUUAACCAAUCAGAACCUGCCAGCAAAUCCAGUCCGACAGAUACCGUACGGACCUGAUAUUCCAGAACUUAAGAAAACGGAGAUUACUUUUUGGGAGGAGUUGGGUAAUUUUGUGGUCAAUGCCGACAACGAGUCUGCUCCCGCUGGAGCUGUUGAAUACGCACUAGGGACCAUGCGCAAUGUUCUAUCAUCAUUAGAGGUGCGCGAUGCGAUCUACUCCAUCGCGAUAGCACGGCACUUGGGCAAUCGCAUUCACGGCUUCCCCAACAGCCUUCCAUCCGUGAUCGACCAGAACCCGGAGAGCGAAAUCAAUAAGCUAACGGUCGCCAUGAGCUUCAUCAGCUAUGAGUGCCGCAACGGUUCUCAGCAGGUGGUUGCACGCAUAUGCGACAUGGCAAUGCUCUCUUGGACAGUCAGCCGAUCUUCAUGA